AUGUCACUAUUUCCGCCAACACCCGAUACCUCUCCACGUCGAACACAAGCAGCUCGGAGCGGCACUAAGCCUGAAGCAAGUUGCGCUCCCCAUCACGGACGGGAAAACAGCCAAGAUCUUCACCGGAGGCAGAGUGUGCGGUUUAUGGGGCCGUGUUCUGUGAAAGGGGAGAAAGGCCUUGGUCAGGGUGCUUACUCCCACACCAGACGAAACUCUAUGGAGAUUGGCCAAGACACUGCGCAAUUGCAACUCAACGAUCAAGAUUCAAGCAGCGUUCACAGUUAUAGUUUGGCCAACAACGUCAAGGAGCUUUCGAUUCUACACCAGUCAUGCCAACCUCCCAAACCCUCGCCUUCAGCUCCCGUCACCGGUAUUGCGGCCGACUAUCUCUAUGCUCUUGUCGCCAGCGAAGAUUACUACACGCCAGAAGAUAACAUCGCCUCUGCUCCAUCUUCAUACCGUCGUAUCAGAAAGUCCAGAUCAAUGUUCACUUCGGAAGAUCACGAGAGCAGGAAAAGUCAAGACGACUCCGUGUCAUUUGUCAAUGGUAGAGUUCCUCCUACCAGGUCAACACUGGGUAACUCAAGCUACAAGAUGGUCGCCGAUGACAAGGAGAAUGAUCCCAUGACGGGACUGCCGCCGCUGAAAACUCCAAAGUCGAUGAGUUUCUUGAGGACCCGGAGCACUCACUCCCGAUCAGACACACAUAGGGCCAGCUUGGACCAAAUGCAUAGUCCUCUUGAAGCCCCCAGUGUGCUGGGCAAUGGGUCCCAUGCCAGCGAACGAGGUACCCCACGUCUUGUUUCCAAAGCUUCAACAAUCUUCAGUGCACGGAAUCGAAGAGCCGAGCCAAAAAUGCGAAAAUCGCUUCGGAGCGCCAGCUGGGGCGAUGACUUGGCCGAAACAAACCCGAACCUCACGCUUCCAACUACACCCUCGGGCAAGGAUGAUGGGUUCAAACGUAAAGCCAGAAAGGUCUCCAAAUCAUUGAAAACGAAGCUGAAGAGUUUCUUCAGUUUGGCCAAAUCUGAGGAUUCGUGCACAAUCCCAGUUCAGCACAUCGACUCUCAGAGAACCCAUGUCAUGGAGGAUGUCGUGUCCAUACACUCCACAGCAUCAGAUCAAGAGGUCGCGGAAAAGAUAGAAUGGGGCUCGAUUCAUCAAGUGCCUUCCAAAAUACCCUCUCUCCAGAUUGUCCCGUCCAACCUCCAUCACUCAAACAAGGGAAGCCUCGAGAGCCUUAGGAGUGAACGAGAACGCAAUAUUUCGGAUGACAAGUCAUUGACCACCUGGGUUCACUCAGGCCCUAGCACUCUAACCAGCCAGCAACAAGAAGAAUGGAGAGAGUGGGAGCGACAACGUCUUUCCAUUAUCAAGGAAGGCGGCACGCACGCCCCCUCGCCAUCGAUCCACAGACAAGCCCUCGGGACUCAGUUAUUUCAACGCUUCGAUGGCUCGACGACACAAACUAACCCACCUGGUUUGGGUGUAGAUAGUCAACGAGUGUACUCUGCUUUGAUGAAGCGGGUGCGCGAUAUGCACAACCAGACAUUUCCAGCUGCGGAACAGCAACGCGAACCCGGGAGUUUGACUCACGCAUUUCUCCGCGAAAGAUCAUCACUUCGAUCUUUGAGCAAAGCACGACAUUUCUAUCAUGAUACAGAUCAUAUCGAUACCCCAACGCGCGCUUCAAGAAAAAGCAGUUUGUCUGGAUGCCAGGAAGCUCAAGUCCACCAACAGGGAAUGCGUUCCUCGUCCGCAAUGACCUCACGGUCUGCCGAGACCGGAUGGGGUGACUCAAAAGCUACUCGACCUGGCGUCCAAGCUGGCAGGUCAAAGACUGCCCCUGCUCCCGCAUCUAGCUCACAGAAAAUGCAUCAAGAUCCCUUCACAGAGCAUGACAGUGACGCACUGGGAGUUCAGGAUCAUCAAUUUGAAGGCCAACAGCUUCACGACAACCUUGGUCAGAACUCAGCCGCCUCAAACACGCCUGGUUCACAUCUGUUCCGAACAACAAGUCCGUUCCGGCGUACUUUGCGGGAAUCUAUGGAGGCUGAAUACAGUGCUAUAGCACAGGCAAUCCAGGAAUCGAUUCAUCAUAUCAGCUCAGACGACGACACGCGCAUCCGUUACUCUGGUCAAAUCGAUCCUGCCUCAAAGAAUAGAACUGAGGUCACGGACAACAACGACUACACUGAGAGUGUGUAUUCUACAGACGAGAUCGGGAACGGUCCGUUGAAUGGGGCAUUGGAUGAUAGCUACAGUCUGUGCAACAGGAGAUCUGUAGGCUCGCCUCUCGCUUACCAUCCGGCGAAUCAUCGGAUUGAGUCCUCAGCCAGCUCUGUUGACUGGAAGACCUGGCUAUCAGCAAAUAUUGGCAAGGAUGAACCGUCUCCUUCGACCCCAGUGGAAGUUGCAUACGCCAUUCCAACGAUGCCCAACAGCUUUCCCAAUCGUCAUGUCCGUGAGUCUACACAAAUCAACGAAGAAUGCGAGGAUGAUGGUGGCGUGUACGAACCUCCAACCCAUCGGCUGUCACUUCCAAUUUCUCCCUUGGCGACAAUCGAGCCCAACGUCGUAAAGUUAUCGCCAGAACAGCGCUCAAUCAAGCGUACCACACCACCUCUUUCCGGUAGAGCUUUACUCGAGAAUGAUAGCCCAGGUGCUCCUCCUAUUCCCGCAAAGAGUGUUUUGAGAUGCACCCCUUCGCCACUCAAGCGUUCUGCUGGGCCGAAUCGAGGUCACUACAUGUCACCAUCGAUCACGUCCAGCCCUGGUUUAAGUGCGGCGCUGAGUCCUCCGAAGAUGGCCAUGCACGCCAGGACAGUGUAA